GGUCACUCCUCUCUCUCUCUCACGCACUCAUUCUCACCUCACUCACGAUUCACACCCCUUGUCCUGACCACCACCGAUCCUGGCGAUCCACCACCGGCCGACGCACACUCAGUCCACCACGCUCUCACGCACUCAGUCCACCACUCUGUCACGCUGUCAGGCACUCAGUACCCUUCUCUAUCUCACGCUGUCACGCACUCAGUCCACCACCACCGGCCACCAGCACACCACGCCACCAGUCCACCACCACCGGCUGCCGGCCGCACAACCCCAAGUACCACUCUCUCUCUCUGCUGCUGUUGAAGCUUGAAGGUCAUGGAUAAAUUUGAACCCCCUGACCCCGGGGUCCUGGAUCCGCCACUGGCCCCAGUUAGUUGGAUAAGGCUUUUGUUGUUGAGCUAUUAUAAAACUCAGAGUCUGUACUCAAGGAUCUGACCAUGCAAGCAGCAUCAUAUAGUCAUCCAGUAUUCUGUUUCUCUUGCAGAACAAAUGCAAAUAUUAGUCCAGUGAAAAUCCGUGCACCCUAUCCCUCUCAUCUGAACUGGAAAUGUGAAUUCAAUGGGAGACCUCAUAUUUUUAAAAAUUCAGCCAUCCCCAUAAAACCAAACAGAUUAUAUGUGCUUCCUGACACAGGUGAUGGCCAUCCAUCUGCUUCUAUGAUAGAUGGUGAAAUGAACACAAACCAUGCAUCUGCUUCUAUAAUAGAUGAUGAAAUGAACCCAAACCAUGCUCCUAAUAGCAUAUCACCACCAUUUGUCAGCAAUUGGUCACCACCAAGGUACCUGUGGAGGGGAUUAUCAGUUUUAGUCCUGGCAGGACAGGUAAUUAUGAAGAUUUUAAAGGGAAAGAUUCAUUGGAGGAAUACUCUUCAACAGUUGGAGAGAGUGGGGCCAAGAUCAGUGGGGGUAUGUCUUUUAACUUCAGCCUUUGUCGGCAUGGCCUUCACAAUACAAUUUGUAAGAGAGUUCACCAGGUUAGGAUUGAAUAGAUCUGUUGGUGGGGUUUUAGCUCUGGCUUUCUCAAGGGAGCUAAGUCCUGUGGUUACAGCAAUUGUGGUCGCUGGGCGCAUUGGAAGCGCUUUUGCAGCAGAACUAGGAACCAUGCAGGUUUCUGAACAAAUUGACACAUUGAGAGUCCUUGGUUCUGACCCAGUUGAUUAUCUGGUGACGCCUAGGGUCAUCGCAUCUUGUAUUGCCUUACCGCUUUUGACUCUGUUGUGCUUUACAUUAGGGAUGGCAUCGAGUGCCAUCCUUGCUGAUGGUGUUUACGGCGUAAGCAUUAACAUUAUCUUGGAUUCAGCUCAGCGAGCUCUCAGACCAUGGGACAUUAUCAGUGCAAUGAUCAAGUCACAGGUUUUUGGUGCUAUCAUAUCUAUAGUGAGCUGUGCAUGGGGAGUUACGACUAUGGGAGGUGCUAAAGGUGUUGGGGAAUCUACAACAUCAGCUGUGGUUCUUUCUCUUGUUGGUAUCUUCAUUGCUGAUUUUGCACUCUCGUGUUGUUUCUUCCAAGGAGCAGGAGAUCAGCUAAAGAAUUGUAUGUAAGCAACUAAUUAUGUCAGCUAAAGAAUUGUAUGUAUGCAACUAAUUAUGUGUCUGCGAUUUUGCUUGUAUGUACAAAGUGAUUGCUAUGGUUUUUUUGGUAUGACUUUUCUAUCUGCAAUAGAAUCUUUUAAAAAAGGGUUAAGCAUCA